AUGUCCUCAAGUAUCGAGUUGCCGUCUCAAAUGAAGGCAGCCUAUAUUGCAGAAUACAACAAGCCAUACGCUCUCGGCGAGCGCCCACUGCCCUCUAUCAGAGACACGGAUAUUCUAGUGCGUGUUCACGCUGCUGGAUUCUGCCACUCAGAUCUCCAAGCCUUGCAAGGCGAGUUUGAGAAGCCAGCACCAAUCGGCCUCAUCCCUUCACACGAAAUAGCCGGCAUCAUUGCCAAAAUUGGCAGUAGCUACAAUGGUGACCUGAAAGUCGGCGACCGAGUGGGCGUUCUCAACUUCAAGCAUGCUUGCGGUUCAUGUGUAGGAUGUCGUUUGAUCAAGAAAAGAGGGGAAGAACUUGACCCCCGGUUCUGCGACGUGCGGGAGACAGCUGGUUUUCUACAUGAUGGCGGAUUUGCAGAGUAUGCCUCUGCUGACCCAGAGACAAUUGUGAAACUUCCAGAUUCAAUCUCAUUCGAGCAAGCUGCACCACUUACUUGUGCGGGAGCUACUGUCUGGGGAAGUUUGGAGGGUGCGACGUCUGGAUUAGCCAAAGGUGAGACCGUGGCUAUUGUUGGUGUAGGUGGGCUGGGGCAUCUAGGUGUACAAUUCGCGAAAGCACUUGGCUUCCGGGUGAUUGCUGUGGAUAGUAGAGAGGCUGGCAGGCAACUGGCAGAAGACAUGGAGAAUCCCGAGUUAAAAGCUGACCUGGUUGUCGACUCGUCAGAUACAGCAUCCGCAUCCAAAAUCAUCUACGAUUUCACAGAGGGAGAAGGAGUAGCUGCAGCGAUUGUAUGCACGCCGUCAUUGGAAGCUAACCAAUGGGCACUCAAUAUCUUGAGAAUCAAAGGAACCCUGGGGUUAUUAGGGCUCCCCCAGAAUCCUUGGCAAUUUGACGCUGCGCCGAUUGUUUUUCGGGAGUUGACCAUCAAGGGCAGUUAUGUGGCGAGCAAGGCUUCAGCAGACAGGAUGAUAAAGGUUGUGGAAAAGGCGGGAGUGACGUCACAUUUGACUACCGUCUCAUUCAACAAGAUUCCGGAUAUCGUGGAGAUGUAUGAGGAAGCGGCUUUCAGAGGGCGCAUUGUCGUGCAGAUUAGUAAAGAAUGA